CUGAGUCAGCUGCAUAACUGCGACGCGUCUGCAUGUAGCUACUGGGCGUGUUUCAAUAAAGCCAUGCUGACAGCGCUAACAGUUAGUUUUAACUUUGCGCUUUCGGAGUAUAGGCUAUCCUACGUUUUUGGAAGGGAGGAAAUAACUAGUGUAGCCAAUCCCUAACAGUAUUUGCUUUUUGCGAACGAUAACGCUACUCUGUUCUGCGUCGGUCUGCAUUCUUGCAGCCCUUGCCACGCAACUUCGGCAACUGUCUCUGACUGCGACGCAUUUUCGUGGUGGGUUUUUAAAGAAUAGCCUAACAGUUUUUGGUAUUGCAGGCAAGAUUGUGUAAUAAGUAGUUGAGUAAUUUUUACUGUGUUUGAUCUUUUAUUCUGAACCGUAUUCCAUUUUAGCAUCGCCCAAGGUGAACGGACGUGAGUGAAGUGAAUUUAUUUCAAGGAGAAACCCGCUACGAUGUCGAGCGGGGAUGCAGGGCCAUGCCGACGGAAGGGUUUGGAGGCUUCGGGCUCGGCCCAGCCAGGAGAAGCUGCGCAAGCUGUAGGCGAGACGGAGCCGUCAAAACCCCGCGGAACAGACGCGGUGGCUAUUCUGUGGACUUUUGGGAAGUGUCUUGGUGCAUUACUGCCCGUUUACCUAGCAGGGUACUACAGAGUUAGUACUAGUUUAGUUGUGUUCGGACUUAUGGUCUACACAGGAUGGAAACACACUCGGGAUGCCAAAGAAGCUCGACUGCGGUCCGCCAUGCAGUUACUGCACAACGAACAAGAGCUCACUUCUGCCAAAACACUCAGAAGUAAACUGGAUUUACCAGCAUGGGUGAAUUUCCCAGAUGUGGAGAAGGUGGAGUGGCUGAACAAGGUUCUGCAGCAAGCCUGGCCGUUUGUGGGGCAGUAUUUUGAAAAGCUGCUCGUGGAGACGAUUGCCCCCUCCAUCCGUGCGUCCAGCACCCACCUGCAGACUCUCAGCUUCACUAAAGUGGAUCUGGGGGCGAAGGCCAUGAAGGUAGUUGGAGUGAAAGCUCAUACAGAGAAUGAUAAGGGGCAGGUAUUACUGGACCUGUACAUCAGCUAUGUUGGGGAUGUUGAGAUUAACGUGGAGGUAACACGGUACUUCUGCAAAGCUGGAGUGAAGGGAAUCCAGCUGCAUGGCAUGCUGAGGGUGAUCUUGGAGCCGCUGAUUGCAGAUGUUCCUAUAGUGGGCGCUGUCACCAUGUUCUUCAUUCGACGACCUAAGCUGGAUAUCAACUGGACAGGGCUGACCAACCUGUUGGACAUCCCUGGACUGAAUGUGAUGUCAGAUACAAUGAUAAUGGACACGAUCGCUUCCUUCCUGGUGUUGCCCAACCGCCUCACUGUUCCCCUUGUGCCCGACUUGCAUGUUGCACAGCUGCGCUCCCCUCUCCCAAGGGGAGUAGUGCGUAUUCAUCUGCUGGAAGCUGAGGGUCUCGCUGCCAAGGAUAACCUCAUGAAGGGGGCCAUCACUGGCCUGUCGGACCCGUAUGCUGUAGUGCGGGUGGGAACUCAGACCUUCACCUCCCACCAUGUUGACAAUAGCCUCAACCCACAAUGGAGAGAGAUGUAUGAGGUGAUAGUCCAUGAAGUGCCUGGACAGGAACUGGAGGUGGAGGUGUUUGACAAAGACCCUGACCAGGAUGACUUCCUGGGGAGGUACCACAGCUGUCUCUGUGACCCUCUCCAUGUGUCAUUACUCCCGUCCUGCCACUGUCCUAUCAGUGAGUCAGAAGGGGAAGCCCCACCUGCUAAUUUAACCCUUUCACUCUCUUCCAGGACCAAGCUGGAUCUGGGUAUAGUGAAGCAAGCCAGAGCUGUGGAUGAGUGGUUCACUCUGAAGGAUGCUCGUUCAGGGCGUGUCCACCUGAGACUGGAGUGGCACUCUCUGCUGCCCUCUGCUGACCAACUGGCCCAGGUUCUUCAGAGAAAUAAAACCGUUACCGUGUCCAGUAAGACCACAGAUCCUCCCUCUGCAGCCAUCUUGGCUGUGUACUUGGACCGGGCUGAAGCGCUUCCUAUGAAGAAGGGCAAUAAGGACCCCAGUCCCAUGGUGCAGCUUUCUGUGCAGGAUGUCACGAAAGAGAGCAGAACUUGUUAUGGGACCAAUAACCCUGUGUGGGAGGACGCUUUCACCUUCUUUAUACAAGACCCCCAUAAUCAGGAUAUCGACAUCCAGGUGAAAGACACGGACCGGGUCCUGUCCCUGGGCAGUCUGUCCAUCCCCCUGUCCCGUCUGCUCACGUGCCCCAGCCUCACCAUGGACCAGUGGUUCCAGCUGGAGAGCUCUGGACCAGCCAGCCGCAUCUACAUCAACGCGGUGCUGAGGGUCCUUUGGAUAGACAAGGAGACUCUUUCCAGCAGCCGUGACUCUGGAGAGGUCAGUGCAGCUCUGAGCUCAUACACGCUGCCUCAGCACGCCUCCCCGAAUGCCAGCUUUGCCACUGAGGGGGUGCUGCGGAUUCACCUUGCUGAGGCACAGAAUCUGAUUGCCAAGGACAACCUCAUGGGGGGCAUGGUGAAGGGUAAGAGUGACCCCUACGUCAACAUACGCGUGGGAGGCGUGACUUUCUGCAGUCGUGUGAUCAAGGAGAACCUCAACCCCACCUGGAAUGAGCUGUAUGAGGUGGUUCUGACCCAACUACCAGGGCAGGAGGUCCAGCUGGAGGUGUUUGAUAAAGACAUGGAUAAAGAUGACUUCAUGGGGAGAUUGAAGAUCAGUCUGAGAGACAUCAUCAUGUCCCAAUUCAUUGACCAGUGGUUCACUCUGAAAGAUGUGAAGUCGGGCCGUGUUCACCUGGUGCUGGAGUGGUUGCCCACAGUGGUAGACCUUGUGCGACUGGAGCAGGUGUUGCAGUUCCAGACCCAGCAGUCGUAUCAGAACAAGGCUGUUCCCUCUGCUGCUAUCCUGUUUGUGUACCUGGAGCGUGCUCAUGCCCUGCCUCUGAAGAAGAGCGGGAAGGAGCCGAAGGUGGGGGCGGAGCUUGCACUCGGAGGAACCUCCUACAGGACAAAGGUGUGUGACCGUUCCACUUCCCCUCAGUGGGACGAGUCCUUUUAUUUCCUGGUUCAUGACCCCAGAAAAGACACACUCAUCGUGAAGCUUACUCACACUGGGGAUCAGGCUGUGGGGUCUCUGGUUCUGCCUGUCAGAGAACUGCUCUCAGAACCGGGCCUGGUCCUGGACUGCUGGCUCAAUCUGGAUGGGGCACUUUUUGAGAGUCAGAUUCUCAUGAGAGCUGAACUCAAGAUCCUGGAUUCUAAGAUGGUGCAAUGUGGUAAGGUUGAGGAAGAGCUGGUGAGAGCCCCAGACAGCACCGGCAUUGCUGAGGGGAGUGAGGAGGUUGACUCUGUUACCCCAAGAAAAGAGGCUGUCUCAGCGGCUGAUCAGGAGCAGGUCCCUGUCCUUGGGGAAACUGAGGAGAGAUCAGCUGCUGAUGUCUUCCCUAGUGGGGGCAGUUUGGUCCCUAUCCCUCCUGACACUCGACCCCUACACAGCUCUCCUGACCCCAGCUUUGCAACUGAGGGGGUGCUGCGGAUUCACCUUGCCGAGGCACAGAAUCUGAUUGCCAAGGACAACCUCAUGGGGGGCAUGGUGAAGGGUAAGAGUGACCCCUACGUCAACAUACGCGUGGGAGGCGUGACUUUCUGCAGUCGUGUGAUCAAGGAGAACCUCAACCCCACCUGGAAUGAGCUGUAUGAGGUGGUUCUGACCCAACUACCGGGACAGGAGGUCCAGUUGGAGGUGUUUGAUAAAGACAUGGAUAAAGAUGACUUCCUUGGGAGGUGUAAUAUCAGUUUGAGUGACAUCACCUCCCAGUACACUGAUCAGUGGUUCACUCUGAAAGAUGUGAAGUCGGGCCGUGUUCACCUGGUGCUGGAGUGGUUGCCCACAGUGGUAGACCCUGUGCGACUGGAGCAGGUGUUGCAGUUCCAGACCCAGCAGUCGUAUCAGAACAAGGCUGUUCCCUCUGCUGCUAUCCUGUUUGUGUACCUGGAGCGUGCUCAUGCCCUGCCUCUGAAGAAGAGCGGGAAGGAGCCGAGGGUGGGGGCGGAGCUUGCACUCGGAGGAACCUCCUACAGGACAAAGGUGUGUGACCGUUCCACUUCCCCUCAGUGGGACGAGUCCUUUUAUUUCCUGGUUCGUGACCCCAGAAAGGACACACUCAUUGUGAAGCUCAUUCACACUGGGGAUCAGGCUGUGGGCUCUCUGGUUCUGCCUGUCAGAGAACUGCUUUCAGAACCAGGCCUGGUCCUGGACUGCUGGCUCAGUCUGGAUGGAGUCCCUCCUGAGAGCCAACUUCUGCUAAGAGCUGAGCUCAAGAUCCUGGAUUCUAAGAUGGUGCAAUGUGGUAAGGUUGAGAAAGCCCUGGUGAGAGCCCCAGACAACACCAGCAUUGCUGAGGGGAGUGAGGAGGUUGACUCUGUUACCCCAAGCAAAGAGGCUGUCUCAGCAGCCAAUCAGGAGCAGGAACAGCACAGGGCACUGCCCACUGAGGGGACUAAUGAGCAGGAUGCUCCCAGUACGCCAGCUCUGGAGGCUGGGGAGGGAUCAGCUGCUGAGGUUGUCCCUGGGGUAGGCAGUUUGGUCCCUAUCCCUCCUGACAGUCGACCCCUACACGCUUCUCCUGACCCCAGCUUUGCAACUGAGGGGGUGCUGCGGAUUCACCUUGCUGAGGCACAGAAUCUGAUUGCCAAGGACAACCUCAUGGGGGGGAUGGUGAAGGGGAAGAGUGACCCCUACGUCAACAUACGCGUGGGGGGCGUGACUUUCUGCAGUCGUGUGAUCAAGGAGAACCUCAACCCCACCUGGAAUGAGCUGUAUGAGGUGGUUCUGAGCCACCAGCCAGGGCAGGAGGUCCAGUUUGAGCUGUAUGAUAAGGACAUGGAUAAGGAUGACUUCCUGGGAAGGUUUAAGAUCAGUCUGAGUGACAUUAUCGCCUCCCAGUACACUGACCAGUGGUUCACUCUGAAAGAUGUGAAGUCGGGCCGUGUUCACCUGGUGCUGGAGUGGUUGCCCACAGUGUUAGACCCUGUGCGACUGGAGCAGGUGUUGCAGUUCCAGACCCAGCAGUCGUAUCAGAACAAGGCUGUUCCCUCUGCUGCUAUCCUGUUUGUGUACCUGGAGCGUGCUCAUGCCCUGCCUCUGAAGAAGAGCGGGAAGGAGCCGAAGGUGGGGGCGGAGCUUGCACUCGGAGGAACCUCCUACAGGACAAAGGUGUGUGACCGUUCCACUUCCCCUCAGUGGGACGAGUCCUUUUAUUUCCUGGUUCAUGACCCCAGAAAAGACACACUCAUCGUGAAGCUUACUCACACUGGGGAUCAGGCUGUGGGCUCUCUGGUUCUGCCUGUCAGAGAACUGCUCUCAGAACCAGGCCUGGUCCUGGACUGCUGGCUCAAUCUGGAUGGAGUCCCUCCUGAGAGCCAACUUCUGCUAAAAGCUGAACUCAAGAUCCUGGAUUCUAAGAUGGUGCAAUGUGGUAAGGUUGAGGAAGCCCCAGACAGCACCAGCAUUGCUGAGGGGAGUGAGGAGGUCGACUCUGUUACCCCAAGCAAAGAGGCUGUCUCAGCAGCCAAUCAGGAGCAGGAACAGCACAGGGCACUGCCCACUGAGGGGACUGAUGAGCAGGACGCUCCCAGUGCCCCAGCUCCUUCCUGCUUGCUUGUCUCUGCCCCUGUGGAGACUGAGGAGGGAUCAGCUGCUGAGGUUGUUCCUGGGGUAGGCAGUUUGGUCCCUAUCCCUCCUGACAGUCGACCCCUUCACACUUCUCCUGACCCCAGCUUUGCAACUGAGGGGGUGCUGCGGAUUCACCUUGCUGAGGCACAGAAUCUGAUUGCCAAGGACAACCUCAUGGGGGGCAUGGUGAAGGGGAAGAGUGACCCCUACGUCAACAUACGCGUGGGGGGCGUGACUUUCUGCAGUCGUGUGAUCAAGGAGAACCUCAACCCCACCUGGAAUGAGCUGUAUGAGGUGGUUCUGAGCCACCAGCCAGGGCAGGAGGUCCAGUUUGAGCUGUAUGAUAAGGACCUAGACAAUGAUGACUUCCUAGGGACAUUUAAAGUCAGUCUGAGUGAUAUCAUCACCUCCCAGUACACUGACCAGUGGUUCACUCUGAAAGAUGUGAAGUCGGGCCGUGUUCACCUGGUGCUGGAGUGGUUGCCCACAGUGGUAGACCCUGUGCGACUGGAGCAGGUGUUGCAGUUCCAGACCCAGCAGUCGUAUCAGAACAAGGCUGUUCCCUCUGCUGCUAUCCUGUUUGUGUACCUGGAGCGUGCUCAUGCCCUGCCUCUGAAGAAGAGCGGGAAGGAGCCGAAGGUGGGGGCGGAGCUUGCACUUGGAGGAACCUCCUACAGGACAAAGGUGUGUGACCGUUCCACUUCCCCUCACUGGGACGAGUCCUUUUACUUCCUGGUUCGUGACCCCAGAAAGGAUAUGCUCAUAGUGAAGCUUACUCACACUGGGGAUCAGGCUGUGGGCUCUCUGGUUCUGCCUGUCAGAGAACUGCUUUCAGAACCAGGCCUGGUCCUGGACUGCUGGCUCAAUCUGGAUGGAGUCCCUCCUGAGAGUCAACUUCUGCUAAGAGCUGAACUCAAGAUCCUAGAUACAAAGAAGACUCUGCAACCCAGGGCAGUGCCCACCCAGGGGGCUGGUGCACAGGUUAGGCUGUCCCUCUCUUACAUCACUAAGGAGAAGAAGCUAGUCGUCAUGAUUCAUGCCUGCAGGCAUCUGGCAGCCAGUGCCAAGGACAUUUCAGAGACCUACAUCUCCUUCAUUCUGCUGCCAGACAAGAACAAGGUCACCAAGAGGAAAACCAGCACCAAAAAGAGAACUGUCAGCCCUGAGUACAAUGAAAGGUUUGAUUUUGAUCUCUCUCUGGAUGAGGCUCGACACAGACAGCUGGAUUUGUCUGUCAAAAACAACGUUCCCUUCAUGAGCCGAGAAAGAGAGCUCAUUGGCAAGGUACAGAUAGGUCUGUCAGAGAUUGACCUUACCUCAGGGGUCACACAGUGGUACGACUUGAUAGAAGAGACCAACUAACUUCCUGCCACAGCUGCCAUAAUCAUUGCUUUGCAUAAUACUGCCUCCCCCAGCCAUGUGUGCGCAUGCAGAAGAGUUUUUAAAAUGUUAUUUUACCACUAUACUGCAUCAGGUGGGAUCACUCAUGAGGGAGGAAGAAUAAUCUAACUGGAUUAGUACUGUUAUUAUUAAAACUGCAGUUGAAGUAUUCAUGCAUUUAAGACAGAGACUGGCAUUCCAUUUAACCAAUACAAUGCUUUGUCCUUAAUUUUGAGGGACAGGUUUAAGCGUGUUUUCAGUAUUUUUUAUUGUUACAUUGCAUUUUCUGUGAGUUUCAGUUAUUCUUAAACACUGGUGAAGAUGCGUAGGAAUUACAAAGUGGACCUUUAAGAAAUGGUGCGGUGAGGAGAGUGUCGGUAGAAGGAACGUGAGAAGGGAAUGAGUGUGCAAGGAAAUGAUAUUGGGGGAAGGCAGGAGCAGAUGGGCAAACACGGUCACGAGCAAAGAAGAAGGGCGCAGGCUUGAACACGAUCACCAGCUGAGAUCUGUUUGUGUGUAUGAUCUGAUCACUACCUCCGAGGACCAGCCGGGCGUGGCAGAAUAAGAAGAGCCAAGACAAGUCAAUGAAUAGGGUUCUGUGCGAGUUGAAGAGGAGAAAAGUCGGCUACUGGAACGAGAAUUUGAGUGAGUCAGAGAAAAAUGACCAAAUGGCGAUGUUGAGUGUAGUGUCUGGUAGGAGUUACACAGUAAUCAACAUCAAUGAGUUGUAAAGUAAAUGGGAGAGGCACAGGGAGGUGUCUGGUGUGACCCACCGGGGAUCUGUUUGUUGGACACAGGAGCAGGAAGACUGAGGAGGUCAGUCUGAGUUUUUGAGUUUAAUGGAAGGAAUGCACCUUGGAUAAAUGCCACUUCAAAUCAUUCAAAUGCCUUAACUGCAUUUUCCACUAUGUUCCCCAGUUAUUGACAAUGUUAGAAUCAUAUCCACCUCAGUUGGUUAAGAUGCUUGGUCUGAGCCCUAUAGCUUGAACUAAUGACAGGGAGCUCAUAGAAGAGGAACAAAUUGUCUUCAUUCUGUCAGGGGUAGGGGUGGAUAUGUCUACAGGGUCUGCUUGUGUUACUGCUCUCAUGCACCUUGCAUGUGUUAUUGGAUCCCUGUGAGUUGCUCAGCUAACAUUAGGAAGAUGAGCCUCUCCUAUCACUGUCUGCUUCCUGGUGCAUUGGGGGACUUGUGUUGUGGAAAAUAGCCAUUGGCUGCAUGCAAGUGUAUUAGAUAUCUGUACUUAUGCUGGGUGUAUGCAUAAA